UCUCGCAGCGCUUCCAUCAAUCAGCGUCAAAUAAAAGCCAAAAGCUCGCACGACCGGCGUCUAUUGAUUGUUUGGCUUGAAUUUCACCUCUAAUUUGGUCUCAUCAAGAUGACAACCCAGGUGAAAACAGGGUGGCCUAGAAGGACUAGCAAUUCAGCACCUUUCGAGACCAAGUACUCAGCGCAGAAUCACGUUUCUAGGCCGAUUAACUUAUAUCCCCUCACUAACUACACAUUUGGCACAAAAGAACCUCUUUUUGAAAAGGACCCAUCUGUGCCUGCUCGUUUUCAAAGAAUGAGAGAAGAAUUUGACAAAAUCGGAAUGAGGCGCAGUGUCGAAGGCGUCUUGCUUGUCCACGAGCAUGGACUACCUCACGUAUUAUUGCUGCAGCUGGGAACAACCUUUUUCAAAUUGCCUGGAGGUGAGUUGAACCCGGGUGAGGACGAAGUCGAAGGGCUGAAGCGACUCUUGGCAGAGACGCUGGGAAGACAAGACGGCGUCGUGCAAGAGUGGAUGAUUGAGGACAUCAUUGGCAAUUGGUGGCGCCCAAACUUUGAACCCCCUCAGUACCCUUACGUCCCCCCUCACAUCACCAAGCCCAAAGAGCACAAGAAGCUCUUUCUUGUGCAGUUGGCAGAGAAGGCGCUCUUUGCUGUGCCGAAAAACUACAAGUUAGUCGCAGCUCCGCUUUUUGAGCUCUAUGAUAACUCUCAAGGGUACGGGCCCAUCAUCUCGUCUCUGCCGCAGGCACUGUGCCGGUUCAACUUCCAGUACCAGUGAAGCCCACUGCAUGAGCUGGAGCCGUAAUCACAAUUUUCAGGCGAAUAACUUCAGACAUCCCUGAUCAUUUUAUACAUACUGUAAUUAGCCAUCUAAGAUUUUUAGUUGAUAAGGGUAUUAUCAUCAUGUUUGUGUCUCUUUAAAAGUGCAAAUUUUUGGUACUUGAUGUGUAAAUGAGCGUAAUGAAAGCUGUUAGCACUCAAAAUAAAAUUAUUGUCUCUAAAAUA